CUCAACUGAACAGAAGUAUAUCUUAGAACAUUAUAUAUAUUAAGAUAAUCAUUUGGGUAUCGUUAUAAUUAUAAUUAUAGUUAUAGUUAUAGAUAGUUAUAGAUAGUUAUAGUAAGUAACUCUUAAGUGUGUGCCUGCAUACAGUCCGGCCGAUAUCCCAUUACGAAAAUUUUUAGAACCGACUAGUAUUAAUUAUUACCGAUAAUAGUGAAGACCAGAGUAUAUGAUAUGAAUCGACAUCCCGUAAUAGUUAGUUACCGAUCGGUGGAUGAUUUGAAGACGUUAAAGGAUUGGUUUUAUAAUUUCAAUGAGAGUCGAGAUCAUCGACUUCGAGCCAUUCAAAGAGUUAAAGCUCUUAGUACAAGAGGUAGAUUACCUCAUGGAAUUGAAUCUACUGCAUUAUUAACGUCAAUAUGUUUACAAGAAUUGAAUAAAGAAUUUCAAGUAGACUCCUAUAUACUAAGAUUAUCAUAUUCAUCGGCUAUAAUACGAUUUGUUAAUGGAUUAUUGGAUCCCUUCCAACAAUCCACUCAUGCAAUUCCCUUACAUCAUUUAGCAAAGACUUUAAAUUUACCAGGAUUUUUUGUUGAAUUGAGACAUAUGAGUACUCAUGAGAAUCUUCCAUCAUUAGAGAUUUGUCAGAUAGCUUGUGAAAGAGCUUUGAAUUGGUUAUAUGAUAAUUAUUGGUGUCAUAUUGAAGAUGAAGAAGAUGAUAAUGAUGAUGAACAAUCUUCAGAAGAAGAUCAACUUAGUGAAUCAACCAAAUUAAUAAUUGAAAAUUAUGUUAAAGGAAUUGAAACUUUUAUAGAUAAGAGUCAGAUUAAUCCAAAUUUAAAAACAUAUAAAAGGAUACGAAAGCAAAACUUGGAUUUAAUAUAUAAAUUAGGAGAUUCAUCAACUGAAUCUGCAAUUAAAUAUACUAAGGCCAUAAAAGAUAUUAAGAAAGUAUUGUUUUCAUCAGUAGAAAGAUCAUAUAGUGGAACCCAAAUUUUAAUAUUAACAUUAGUAUUUAAGAAUUUUUUAAUUUAUAAUUCGGAUAAGUUGGACUCAAAGAAAUUGAAAUUCAAUAGUUUAUUGAUUAAACUAUAUAAACCAUUAUUAAAUGAUUUAGGUAUACCAUUUAAAGUACAAUUAAUAUUGACUAUUAUAUCAAUUAUAAGUAAUUAUUUUGGUAGUAGUAUUAAUAACAAUGAAGAUUCUGAAGAUGAUGAGAAUGAUGAUGAUUUAAAGUUAAUUAUUCGAUUUGUUAAUUCCAAAUUAGGGUUUGAAAAACUUGUUCAUUCAUUUGAAGUGAUUCAAUUACUUGAAUGGCUUAGUUUUAUGGUGGUGGAUGUAUUAGAUUAUGAUAAUAAAACUACAAUUGGUCUAGAUAUUAAUAGAAGAUUUAAUCUUGUGAAUAUUAAUUCUGUAACACCACCAACUACUACUACUACAAUAGCAUCUAGAAAUGGACUUCUAAAGUAUAUUUUGGUACAACUCCAUACAUUAUAUGAGAAAAUUCCUACUGACAAUCAAGACUUUCAUAAGUGUUUUAUCAAAAUAUAUGGUGAACUUGAUAAUUGUUGUACGAAUCAUAAGAUUAUAAAGAAUAUCAUUAAUAAGAGUAAUAAGGAGGUAAUUAAUGAAUCAUACAAGAAAAUUAAGAAUGUGAGUCAAGUGCGACAGACAUAUGAAUUGCCUCCUUCGUUAGAUGAGAUUUUGGGUGACACCACCACCACCACCACCACCACCAAGCGAGCAGAUCUGGAACCACCGAUAGGUCCAUCUACCAUUAAACGUUCUAAACUUAAUCAAGAAAAGCACCAGUACUUGUUUGAGCCGUACGACACUUGGGAACCAACUCCAUUUGGAACUUUUGUAUAACUUUUUAUUAAUAGGGUAAGUACUGUUUACGACAUAAUGCACGACAUAACCAGUGAUUGCAAAAUCCUGUCACUCGCUUCCUUCCCAAUACGGUAAGGGCCAGUUCGAGUUCCACCUGAUAGGCUGUAUGCAGGAGGUUCCCUUUAGGCUUGUCCCCGUAGUAAACUUAAGCCCAACUGUGUAUAGUAAUUAUAAGAAAUGACAUAAACUGCGUAAACUACAGUAUAGUAAAAGUUAAUUAGUAUUAUUUAGAGUGG